UAGUGGAUAUUGGUGGCAAGCUAUUACAUAUGGACCCAAAUGCAAAGCUAAGUGGAUCUUUACUUAAAAAUUGUAAUCACAUGUUUCCUGGAAUUAGUCUCUCACGUAAUCAUUCUGCGCAUUUGAUAUUUGGGGUUGGUUAAUAAACUUAGCGACUAACUCAUCUCUGUUUGAGCAUCAUCCCCUGAUGUAUUUUUCAAGUUGGAUGGUUGGUUUUGGCCAGGGAAAUAUGAAGGGGAAGAUCUUGAAUGUUUUGUUUUAGUAUCCUACCUUUUUACAUUGCUAACCUAAACUUCAAAGCUAGGAAACUGGCAUUCCUCCCUUCACACAUUAAAUUUGCUUCCAAAUUCACAAACUUCCAUUUUCGCUAUCGAUAUUUGUGUUCAAGCUACUAUAGGUUCGUUUCGAAUAAUAACGACUAAUAUGAAAAACAAUAGUAGGUCGAAUAAUUUUAGAAAAUAAAGGUGUUUCUCUUAGUAUUUGCAUAGACUAAUGACAACUCUGUUUAAAUUUUCUUCUCCUUAAUAUGAAAAACCUACUAACCAUUUCUUAGCUGUUUUCAUAAUUCAAAAUCCAAGUCCAAACUUAAUAUUUACGUAGACCAUUGACAACCCUGUUUAGUCCAGAUACCCAGGGAGAAUGGCUGUUGCAAUGUCCCUUUCACGCAAAGCUGUUGGUCCCAUGGUCCCCUCAACCUUUCCCUUUUCUUUUCUCUUGUCCAUGAAGCCUUUCUUUUUGAAGAUCAAGUCUACAUUUGCCCAACUCUCCCAUGGAUCUAAACCUUCUCUUUUAUGGUCAUACAGUGUAUAGUACUUUUCUUUUUCUUUUUCUUUCUUUCUUUUUUUUCUUUUUUUUUUUUUUGAAUCACAACGGUCAAUUAUUUUGGAGAGGGUUACGAUUCGUCUUAAGUGAAAAGGGAGAAUAGUUGUAAUUUAUAGAGAACACGAUGAACGAUAGAUUUAAAAUGAAUCACAAGAACCUACAUAUUAAUAAAUUGUGAGUGCACAACAUAUACAUUUUUAUUAGCACUUAAACUUCCUAGUUUCCAAACAGAGUUGUAUUUAUGUUGUUCGUAUUUGUACAAUAGGAGUUGUAUAUUCCACACUUACAUAAGAGUAGAUGUGUCAUUCUAUACUGUACCGAAAUACUUGCAAUUAAUGCUAUGUAAUGUGACAUGCCCAUGACAAAUACUGCUAACUGAGAGAUAACUCAAUUUGACCAUUAGAAUGUCUAUUUUCUAAUAAAAGAGUUGAAGGAUAACAUUUGACUGACCCCCUUGUAGUAGAGAGGUUAUAUCUGCAAUUAAUGCUUAAUAUUAUCUUUCCAAUUGUCCUUAAUUUUUUCUUUCUAUAAAUAACCUUUCCUCAUCCCAACAGCUCAUCACAGGGUUUUCUUCUCUCUUGGGAGGUUCCAACCUCUCGAGAGCUUAGAAACCCUUCUCCCUUUCUAUACUCCAACAAGUUACCUUAAAAAACUAUCAAUCUAUCCCAUUUCAAUUCCAUCCCAUGGAGCUCCACUCUCCUGCAGCAGCUAAAAGACUAUGGAAUUUCUUCCGAGUCGCCUACUUCAUGAUGAGGAAGGGCCUAAUCUCCAAGCGAAAGCUUGUAAUGGACAUGAACCUCUUUAUGAAGAGAGGCAAAAUAAUGAGCAAAAACCUUAGAAAAAACCUCAUACAUCAUCAUCAUCAUCAUCGGCGAUCAAGUGGCUAUGGCUUCAGCCUGCAAGAGUAUGAGUUCUCUUGCUCCGACAGCCCCAACCCUGUUUUUUUCCACUCAAAGCGCCGACAUAAUCACCACCAUUAUUUUCCUUGCCUCAAUUCCAAUGCUGUUGAGGAUUCUGUUGAGACCCCAAGUCAUGCACGUGCGGUGCCAAGGAUUGAAUACUCUCCAUCGCCAUCACCAUCGCCAUUGCCAUUGCCAUCGCCAUCGCCAUCGCCUUUUUCUGUAAGAAUAUCGAAUUUCUCAGACGAGGAAGAUGGAGAUGAGAGCAUGAGUCGCGAGGAGGUUGAUGACGAGGCUGAGCAGUUUAUCAAGAGAUUUUAUGAACAGCUGAGGGCUCAGAAAAGUAUUGCGCUGAUAGAGUAUCAAGAGAUGUUGGCGCGAGGAUGCUAAGUUCGAAUACAUACAUAUGUACAUUUGUUAUGUAUGUACAGCAUAUUCAUGCAUGCCCCUACCUAUAAGGUGUUUUCGUAUAUGCAAUUCAAAGGCUUCCAGCAUUUUUAGUUUGGGAGACGGCUUUGAUGCGCAUAUUCUUGUGUUGGAUCAGUGUUUUAUUGUUUGUUUGAUUGUGUUGUAAGGUGAAGGGUAUUGUGUCAGUGUGUUUGGAUGGCAUUUUCAUUUGUAAUUUGUAAUGUUGAUUGGGUGUUCUCUUAUUUUCUGAGUGACCCAUGAGGGAUUGAGUUUGUAAUAAUAUGGUAAUAUUUGCUUGAUGUGAACCUCA